UGUGUUUUGUCCCUGCGCGGAAUCCGUAGGGGGCGCUGGUUUAAUUCCCGGAUGUUGCUGGACUGAUUUCUUUCUCGACGAACGGCUGAGCCUCAGAGCGCGGUUUAUCUCCCCGCCGCUGGACUCAUCGCAGCCAUGCCACGUAUGAUAGCAGAAAUCAAAGACUUUUUGUUAACAGCAAGAAGAAAGGAUGCAAAAUCUGUGAAAAUUAAGAAGAACAAAGACAAUGUAAAAUUCAAAGUACGGUGCAGCAGGUACCUAUACACACUAGUCAUCACUGACAAAGAGAAGGCUGAGAAACUCAAACAGUCACUGCCUCCAGGUCUAGCUGUGAAAGAGCUGAAGUAAGGAGCUGAAAUCUCUAGAUGUUCAGAUUGUAUUGAAUAAAAAAAAAACUGCAAAA